AUGGCAAAGUUCAAGUCCCUACUGCUGGUCACACUCCUGGCCUCGCUCUCCACAGCCAUCGCAGAGUCAUGGAAGGUCCAGGACAUCAACCUCAUUAUCGCCGCUCCUGGAGGCAACAAGAAGGCCGAGCACAAGUUGGAAUACCCAAAUGCUGUCCAGGACCUUACAGCCGACUCAACAGACGUGUUCAAAUUCUCAUUCAAGAUCGACAACAAGGAAAAGCCUCACCAGGCUAUGGUCGUCUUCCAGAGUCAGGAUGAGUUCCAGGACGAGAUCAUGGUCGCUGCCUCGGUCAAGUCUUCAGGAAAGGGCCGCUUCGACCUCAACUUCAACAAGGCUGACGCCAAAUUCAAGUAUGGAACACGCAAGUACGCAAUGACUUUCUUGGUCGGUGGACCCAAGAUCGAGGAGCCUUACAAGUAUACCCUUGGCAACAUUGAGGUCAAGGGCCCCUCCAACCCCACCACUCGCCCCGCCCGCCUUCACUACCAGGCUCAGCCCGAGAUCCACCACCAGUUCCGCCCCGAUCAAAAGCUGAUCAACACUGCCAUCUCGGGACUUUUCACAUUCCUCGUCCUCACCCCCUUUGCCGUCCUCUUCUUCUUCUGGAGCAAGUUGGACAUCAAGUUCGAGCCCUUCCAGGCCAUAACCUCAAAGCCCUUCGAUCUCAUCAACGCCAUUGUCUUCUUCGGAUCGAUUGCAGGAAUUGAGUUUGUGUUCUACAGCUACUGGACCCACGUCACCUUGUUCCCUGUUCUCCAGGCCCUCGGCGGUCUCUCCGUCGUUGCCUUUAUCUCGGGUCGCUAUGUCCUUUCGGCCGUUCAAACCCGUCGACUCCAACGCACUGCUGGAUCAGCCAAGAAGGAGUUGUAA